AGGAAUCCGUCAUAGGAAAUGUAGCGGCACUUGCGACUGUAUGUGACAUCCAUUACGACAUGCCCUGGCUAAAGAAACACAUACGGCCUAUGGCGGCUAAAUUACGUUCACCGCGGAAAUAUUUUUCGAAUAAUUUCUGGAAAAGGUCCGUCCUGCUCCCCAUCAUGCUAGUCCUCUUCAUGAUCUGCUCAUUCGGCAUGAUCUCCAGCCUCCCCCACACCCGGGACACCUACAUCCCCUUCGAGCACACCAAAACCUACCUGCUCAAGGUUAAGAACGAGGCACCUUUCCCCGUGUGGGUGGACGUGGUCGAGUCAGUCGCUGACCCCACGGGCCCGACCCGGGAGAUAGGCCAGGACGGGAACAUCCUGCAGAUGAUGGAACACGAUGAGGUCAAUGACCUUCAACCCGGGGACUUUGAUUACCGGGCAGCCGAUGCGCAGAGGUCGGAGUUCAACUUGAGGUACGAUGACGUCGUUGCGGAUAAAGAAGGGAAGCCUCGUUCUGAGAACUUCCCCAAGAAUGAAAAUAAUUUAAACGAGGGCGAUGUUAAAAAUAGAAUUUAUUUUAGAAAUAAAAGAAGCGGUGCGAAAAAUCGAAAUCUGAACAAUAUGAAUUUAAAAAGACGAAAUAAACUCCGUAAUUUUGUUGUGCAAGCAAACACUACGGGAAGGUUAUGGCGUAGCCUUAGACAAGAAGGGAAUACGAAGAAUAGACAAUUUUUUAGCAACUACAUCACGACGAUUGUUGUUCAUGUCGAUAGGACAGAAAAUCCUGGUCGUAACAACGUCAACAGCAACAACAACAUCAUCGACAGCAACAACAACGACGGUGGCCUGUCGCAAGACAAGGCUAAAAAACACAUGGGGUUCGUCAAAAACACGAACUCCGAGGUCGAACCUGGUUCGAAAAAUAUAAACAUUGAAAACGUUCAGCGGAAAUUCAAUAAUUCCAUUGCGCAUCCCCAAACGCCCGUGCCGGAAGCUCCACGGUUUAAGCCGGCACGAACACGCCGGGAAGCCGGUUCAGAAGUUCACGACGUUGUGUUCCUGAAGGUGCACAAAGCAGCCAGCACCACCGUCUACAACAUCUUCAUGCGGUUCGCCAUCUCCCGACAACUUGACGUCAUGCUGCCGAAAAACUCAAACAUCAUCACCGAAACGGGGUCAAUCAUCAAACCGGAAGUGCUGUUGCCCUACCCACAAGACCUCAAGUUCAACCUUGUGUGUAGUCACUUAGUGUACAACCGCGCGCAGAUCUCCAAGUAUCUGAAAUCUCCGGACAGAACCGUCUACAUCGGGAUCGUUCGGGAACCCUUCGAGCAAUUCGUCUCUGCCUUUAACUAUUAUCUCAAUACGCACAAGAGACCGCUCUUAGUUCAAAUCGCUCUAGACCAUCCAAGAAACCCUAUCCGGGGAUUCCUGGAAAACCCUUUAAAAUACGCGGAUGUUCCGAAAUACGAUUACGGCGUGACGUACAUCAACAACCGGAUGUCCGCGGAUUUCGGGUUCCCUAUGUGGAACCUGGAAAACGACAAACACCGGGAGGAUUUCGUCCGGAAGUUCGUCAAGGUCACGGAGGAGAACUUUGACCUCGUCAUGGUGGUCGACAUGUUCGAAGAGUCGCUGGUGCUCAUGCGCCGGAUGCUGCGCUGGAGGGUCAAGGACGUCCUGUACCUGCGCGCCAACACCCGCACGGAGGCGAUGCGAGAGCAGACGCUGCACCUGCCGUGGAAGACGAACGUCAAGUUCAACGAGGACGACGUCAAGAACCACAAGCUCUACUCCCCCGUGGACCACGCCCUCUACGACCACUUCAAAGCUCUCCUGGUCAAGGAGGUUCAAAACCAACCACCGGAUUUCGCCGGGGAGGUCGAGAUGCUGAAAGUCAUCCUCAAAGACGUCGCCAGUUUCUGCGAAAACGUGGCCAGCGAGCCCGAGCGUUUCCGGGAAUCGGAACUGCGAGUUCCGGACAGUCAGUGGUCGGAAUCGUUCACAGUAGAAAACGAGGACUGUAAGUUGUUGGCUACGGACGAACUGGAAAUGCUGGACCUAGUUAGGAAUAAACAAAAAGAAAGACACGCCGGAAGUUUGUUGUGACGAAAACGAAAGUAGCAUCGUAGACUUGAAUAUCCUGGGGAUAAUCAUACAUGGGUUUUUGCAAUCAAUUUUAAACCUUAAUCUGGUCAACUAAAAAACUCACGCAUUGAAAUCUAUAUCUGACAAGAUCAGUUCAUGUGAACAAACACAUCCGGUGGUAAUAUUUAUUUCAGCUCAACUUUGUUGCCAACUUAGACAACUGCUGUGCAGAAAAUCUAAGAUGGAGCUUCGGUGCAGUUCAAUGACCAUGUUGCACUUUUGGUGCAUUCGUUACGGACGCUAGAACUAUAGUUCUAUAAAUAACUCAAUCAUGACUGUAUGUGUGAGUAAACACAUCUCAAAGACUGAGACAGGCAUAGCUUGUUGAGGCGGUGAUAACAUACACAUAAUCUCAAAGACAAACUUCUUGAAGACUAGACAAGGUGCUCACGAGUUUCUUCUACAACUUACGCAUUGCUUUAUCUCCCAUUUAGUCAUGUGUUUAGAUCCUUCAAAUUACCUUAGUACCAUGAAAGAUCACCAAAAACAAUUUUUAUUACUAUAAUAUUUGAUUUUUUUUUACAAUGAAAUUAUUUGACAAAAGAAGGUAACUUAUCAACAGGGUUAAUAUAACUCAUCCAUUAUCUUCUAACCAAAUAUUCGUUUAGUAUUUGCACUUUUAAAAAAUACAGUCAAGGCGUAAGCUAAAUAGACUCAGUAACCAAACACAAUUUUCAUAAUUUGACAGUGGCUCUAUUCAGAGUCUUCUUGAAUGAAUAUGUAAAACUUGUUUACCAACAUUGUAACUUAGCACUGGUUAAAAUAAGCUGUCAAAAGUACAUAGCUUUUGCCACCAGUCAUGUUCAUGUAAAUCUACAUUUAACGAUCUGAGAAAUGAACUCGUGAUUUGUCCCCUCUACAUAAUUCUUUAAUGGCUCGUAGUGUCAGACUGCAUAUCACUGCCCUCAGUGGCGUA